UGUUAUUCACACUGCACUGACUCACUGUAAUACUUGAAUACUCUGUAUGGAUUUCUGAACUGUCAGCGCCGCACAUCGAUUAUCUCUGCUAUUGAUUAUAAGAGUCUGCUGUGUUUAUCCGUGUGCAAUGGCUGACAGCAGCAUGGGCACUGAAUCUGCAGACCCAAACCCAGAGGAACCCUGUCUUUACCGAGGGAGAACCAAAUGUUCCCCGGAGGAAGAGGCGAGACUAGAAAGACAACACUUCUGGAAAAUUAUCAACGCAUUUAGAUAUUACAGGAUCCAUGUUGAGGAGCGGCUGAAGCGGUGUGAGAGGCAGUUCCUCAGUCUUCCUCACCGCCAUCAGCAACUCCUCUCUGGCUUCCUGGAUAAGCUGGCUGAGAUCCGACGCUGCAUGGAGUGCAACCAUGAGGUCCUGCAGGCCAUCAUACAGAACUGCACGCACAUGUUUGAGAACAUGGAGUAUGACGAGGAUGACCACAUGAGGAAAGCUGGGCCAUCUUCAACAUUCGACAUGGACAAGCUGAAGUCCACCAUUAAGCAGUUUGUGCGGGAUUGGAGUGAAGCAGGCAAAGCAGAAAGAGAUUCCUGCUACAUGCCCAUCAUUGAGGAGAUACAAAAACAGUUUCCUCCUGAAAAGUGUGACGUCUCUGAGGUGAAGGUGUUGGUUCCUGGAGCCGGUCUGGGCCGCCUAGCAUGGGAAAUCGCCUGCCGCGGUUACGCCUGCCAGGGCAAUGAGUGGAGCUUCUUCAUGCUUUUCUCCUCCAACUUUGUCCUUAACAGGUGCGAGAAGGAGAACUCUCUGACGUUGUAUCCUUGGGUUCACCAGUUCAGCAACAACAAGAUGUCUGGAGACCAGACGAGAGCCGUGACCUUCCCAGACAUUAACCCCCACAGUCUCCCGCCUGAUUCUGACUUCUCCAUGACGGCCGGCGAUUUUCUGGAAGUGUAUACGGAUCCAAACACGUGGGAUUGUGUCGCCACCUGCUUCUUCAUUGACACCGCCCACAACGUAAUUGAAUAUAUAGAGACCAUCUGGAAUAUUCUCAAACCUGGUGGAGUGUGGAUCAACCUGGGGCCUCUUCUGUACCACUUCGAGAACAUGGCCAAUGAACUGUCCAUCGAGCUGAGCUAUGAAGAAAUAAAGGACGCCAUCGUGAAAUGUGGCUUUCACCUCGAGGUGGAGAGAGAGUCAGUGCUCACUACGUACACGGAGAACGAGCGCUCCAUGCUGAAGUACUUGUACGACUGUGUGUUUUUCGUGGUGCGGAAACCCGCAGCUCUUCUCUCCAGCUCCCAAAACUGUAAAGACAGCGAGCUUAGUACAGAGAACUCAGUACAGAAAACAGAAACUACAACAACAUGACCUCAAAGACUGGAGCCUUCAGACAAUUAGCCAUUUUAAUAUGUGGAUUAUUGGAUGAGACUCUGUUCCCUUUUGCAUGUUUCUCUGCGCCUCAGGAUGCAGGUUACUAGUGAUAUUACAAGGGGAUGAAGUGUUUAAAAAAAAAAAAUCAGUGACAGUUAUAUCAACAACCUACUGAACCUGCUUGUCCAAUAGGCAAAAGCAGAUAGCAUGGAUAUGUAAUCUGCUCCUGGUCACGGAUGUCUGUGAUGUGUUUGGGAUUUGAACUUUCGAUGAUGGGAUAUGUUCCGACUGGCUGCCUGUUUGCUGACCUCAUUUGACAGGAAUCGAGCUGAGGGGAAAUGGUAAGGCCAAGUCGACGAGAGUGUGUUAAAAACAGCAUCAGGUCGCAGCUCUAAUGCCAAAAACAAAAAUCCAUAAAGGAUAAAUGGGUAUGUAUGCAGCAAUUAUAGCACUGAUCUAGGAUAUAUUGAUCAAACCCUCUAAGUAAGAUUGCUUUUUACUCAGUAAUGCAGUGCUUCAUCAAUUUAGCACAACUUCUUUAAGUCAGUGAGGGUUAAAAAUAUGCUUUGAAGUUGGAGUUUUAACCCGGUAAGUGUACGUCUUAGUGCUGUACAUAAAUCAGCACAUUUAGCACAUGAAGUCUGGCCUUUACACAUAACAGCUAAAGUUACACUUUACGUUAAAGGAACUUGCUAUUGCAGUUAAUUUACCACUGCUAAGACUUUAACUGUUAAACUGGUGUAUGCGAUGCAUUGUGGGAACUCGCAACAAUCCACAGGCCACUGAGAUUAUGCUCUAUGAACACUCUAAGGGUGCUUUGACGUUUGCAGAAUUUAGUCAGUUUGAAUGGAACCCUAGUACAGUUUUUUAGGCGGGUGACAACACAGCAAUCAUUCUAUGGUGUGGACUAAUGUACACUAUAUUUCCAAAAGUAUAGAUACCUGACCAUUACACCCAUAUGUGCUUUUAGAACAUCCUGUUCCAGAUUUAUUUCCCUUUUGCUGUUAUAAUAACCUCCACUUUUCUGGGAAGGUUUCUGCUAAAUUUUAGAGUGUGGCUGUGGGAAUUUGUGCUCAUUCAGCCACAAGAGCAUUAGUGAGGUCAGGUACUGAUGUUGCUGAGGAGGUCUGGGGUGCAGUCGGUGUUCCUGUUCAUUGGGGUUGAGGUCAAGGCUCUGUGCAGGACACUCGAGUUCUUCCACACCAGCUUUGGCAAACCAUGUCUUCAUGGAGCUCGCUUUGUGCACAGGCGCAUUGUCAUCCUGGAACAUGUUUGGGCCUCAUAGUUCCAGUGAAGUGAAAUUUUAAAGCUACCGCAUACAAGGGCAUUGUAUACAAUGUGUGCUUUCAACUAUAUGGCAAGAGUUUGGGGAAGAACCACAUAUGGGUGUGAUGGUCAGGUGUCCACAUACUUUUGGCCAUAUAUUGUAACUAGUCCAAAAGUGUCCAAGAAAUGUGGUCUUGGUCCGCUUCCAAGUGAAUGAUUGCAGUGAAGUCAAGUUUUUGGGUUGCAGAGACUUUUUACAAGGACAUUUUGAGCCCUGCAUGUUGGUCAGCCUGUUUUUGAACCAAAUGUAUCAAAUUUGCUUCACACCUCUGAGUCUUUUCUACAAACUUUUCGAUAAUUCUAUAUAAAUGGGUAAGUUCUCGCUACAGUCAAUUUCUCACGGAAGCAGACCAAGACCUCCUGGUUAGCGUAUUGGCCUGCACCCAAGUGUGUUCUCACCGAGGAGGAAAACAUAUCAGGGCUCCAUUUAAACAGAUUAAACACUGUAUAUGUGAAAGCAACCUAAAAUAACCAUGAAGUGGUGUUAGAAUGCUGGUAAUGUGUUGAGACCUUUCUUAAAAUCGUGAACAUUUAUGUGCAAACACUAAUUAGAGAUGAAACACGACACGAAAGCCUCGUGUAACUGUUAGACAUCCACACAGUACUUACUGAGUAUUUUGUAUUCUUAGUGAUUCACUUACCAUUGAUCUGAACUAUCUCACCUAAAAAUCUCAUUAUUUUGGUGGUAUUCAGACAGAAGAGUGUUCAGAGAUGCUCCACGUUGCAACAGGAAACUCAGCCAAAUAUGUUGUAUUUUUAAUUAUUUAUUUUUCACAUUUCUGUUAGAUUUACCACUGGAUGAUUGCUGCCUUGAGAACAUUUUGGCUGUCUAAAGUAUAAAGAGUUCACACAAGCACUAAGGAAAUAAGUUGUUUUAAACGUACUGUACAAUUGUUCUUUUUUUAUUACAAUAAAGGAGUUAUUUCUUUUUUUUUCCAAAAUGUGAAAUAAAUGACUGCUGUCAUGUUGAGAUAUAUUUUAAUAAAAUAAUUUUUUUCAUGCCGA